UUGAGGGUUAAACAAUGACGACGAUGAUCUACGAUCUUCCAAGGGAUUUGAUAGAGGAGAUUUUUUCUAGGCUACCCUUGAAAUCUAUGAAAGCAGUGAGGUUAACAUGCAAAAGUUGGAACAAUUUAUUCAAAAGUAAAGUAACAACACCAACAAGAGAAGGGGAGACUAUGAUGAUCUUCAGGAUGAUGCCUGACAGUUUUUGUUUAAUGAGCGGCAUCGUCGAUGUUGAUCCAUCUAUAGAGCGUAAAGGUCAACUUAGUUUCCUUUACAAAGUCAGUGUAUCUAGAAUUUACCACUAUGAGGGUUUAAUUUUAUGCAAAUUGAAAGACGUUAAUAGGGUUAUGGUUUGGAAUCCCUAUUUGGGGCAAACAAGGUGGAUCAACCUCAGGUAUUCUCACCUCAUAAACGGAUUCAACAGGUACAGUUAUGCUCUCGGAUACGAGGAUAAGGAAUCUUGCCGUAGCGUUAAAUUGUUGAGGUUUUUAGAUUAUUUCUUCCAUGCACCCGAAACACAAUUUUUUUGGUAUGAAAUCUACGAUUUUGAUUCUGGUUUAUGGAAAACCCUUGAUGUCACUCCAAACUGGGGUAUAUAUUGUUCAAGCCCUAGCGUUUCUCUUAAGGGUAACACUUACUGGUGUGCUAGUAAAAGGAGCUCAGAAGGUUGUAUGGAUCAUAUAAUAUGUUUUGAUUUUACAAAAGAGAGGUUUGGGCCGCUUCUACCUCUGCCGUCUAGCGUUAGGGAUCGUAAAUCUAUAUAUGCGACUUUAUCUUGUGUUAAAGAAGAGAAGCUUGCAGCUUUAUUCCAGCGCCCUGAAUCAUACGAACUUUAUUUUGAGAUAUGGAUUACGACUAAGAUUGAGGCCGAAAUGGUGUCGUGGAGCAAGUUCUUGAGAAUGGAUACGGGACCUAAGGUAAAUGUUCCAGGUAGUUUCUUGAUUGACGAGGAGAAGAAAGUCUUCAUGGGUUUUUGUACAGACUAUAACUCCGACUAUGACGACUGUCCCAAAAAAUUUAUUAACAUCAUUGGAGAGGCUGGAUACUUAAAGAAAUUGGAUCUCGGAGUACCUGCAUACCAAAACCAUUGGCUAGAUGUGUGCUCUUAUGUUCCAAGUUUGGUCCAGAUCAAGAAACUUGCACGAGGCAAAAGGAUAAAACAACGCAGUUUAGAAAAGCAUCGAUUUGAUCAGAACAGGAGCAGAACACUGAGAGGAGUCGAGUUUUGGAAACGCUUUGAGGUGCUCUUGGAACCAUAUGGGAAUGCUUGCAUUGUGAUGCCUAUCUUACGUACGUGAUAAAGAACCAUAUGUUGUUGGUGCUGUUGGGUUUCUCUUUUACUCUCUAUUGUGUUUUUGUACGACAAUGUGUUUUUUUUGGAUGCGAGCUAAGAGAAGAUCUUAUGGUCUUGUAAAUCUGAGAUAAAGAAUUUUGGACAUUUUGAUACUCUUUA